AUGGCUCUGGACCUAGCUGGGAAGAACGUCUUAAUCACAGGUGCCAGCGCUGGCAUCGGAAAGGAGCUGGCAUUGCAGUUUGCCAACCUGGGGGCAAACCUGGCUCUACUUGCUCGUAGGCUUGACGUCCUCAAGGAAGUCGCAGCAGAGUGCAGCAUCGCCUCGGGGAAGAAGACCAAGGUUCUCCCGCUGCAGUGUGACGUCACAGACCGGGCCUCCUGUAAAGAGGCUGUGCAAAAGGUUGUCGCGGAGCUGCACUCUGUGGAUGUGAUCAUCCUCAAUGCGGGGGUGAGCAUGGGAUGCUACUUUGAAGACAUCAAGGACUUAUCAGACGCGGACCGGCUCAUGGAUUUGAACUUCAUGGGGACGGCAAACGUGCUUUUCUAUGCGCUGCCCCACAUCCCGAAGCGCAGCGAGUCCAGAAUUGUGGCGAUUUCUUCUGUCGCCGGAUUAUUUGGCAUCCCGUUCCGCACCUUCUACUGUGCAUCGAAGUGGGCUCUGCAUGGUUUCUGCAUGUCACUUCGAACCGAACUCCUGGAUGCCUAUGGAAAGAACUCACCGGCGGUUGUGAAGUUUGGGAACGAUGUUGCUGCAGAGUUCUUCGACAGUGUAGCGCAACCUUCAAGCGAAGCGGCCAAGAUGAUUGUGGAUGCUACGAUUGCCGGGGACGUUCUCGAGCAGCUCACCUUCGGAGGUGCCCACGAGGGCCCAUCGCCAUCCUCACGCAGUAGUGCUCGCACGCCCAUGUCCAUGUUGUCCAUGCCCUUCUGCGAAGAUGUGCCAGAGGAAUUGCUCAAGAGCCUGGAGCGUGCUUCUGAUAACCAGCAGACUUCGCGGGCAUGGGCUCGAAUCGGACAGUUUCACCAGCGGCAGAAGAACUUCGAGAAGGCCCGAGGCGCCUACCAGAAAGCGGUCACCGUCGAUGGCUCGCAGCAUGGCUGCCUAGCCAACUUGGCGCAGCUGGAGGCGCAUGCUGGGAAUGUGCAAAUGGCCAAGGAAAUGUUGGCAGCAGCGCUUGAGCUGGAUCCAGCCAACAAGAAUUACAUCUCCUUCAGCCGAUGGCUGGCGGGAGGUCACUGA